AUGUCCGAUUCGAAGUCAUCGUCGUCCUCGCCUCGUCCUCUCGCACCGGCUCCUGGUCAACCCCCCAGACGAACCAGUUCUAGCGACGAUGUAGUCCGCGGGCGGAAACACAAAACUACCGCUUGUAGGGCGUGUAAGCUGAAAAAGCUCAAGUGUCGAGGGGAUCCACCGUGUGAGCAUUGCACUCUCAAUGGCAUUGAAUGUGUGGUUGAUGAGAUGGCGGAUAUGCGUCGAAAGUUAGCCAUGAAGCGGAAGCUGGAUCGACUUGAACAAGCGGAGGACACCUUGCUACACCUAAUAGGUGCCUUGCGAGGGAGUGAGAAUACACGCAUUGCACAACUACUGAACCUCAUCCGGAGUAAUGCUUCCUUUGAUGAAAUUGCAGUGUUCUUGGAGCAACAGUUUUCUCGCGCGGAGAUCGAAAGAUCACCCGAGCUGCGUGAGUUCCGGAGUCAGCUCUCCCGACCAUCAGACGAAGACGACGACGAUGGGAACGAGGGGACUGCACCUCGAAUUCCCCGGCGGAUGCUCGAAGUGCGCCGCCUCGCCGAUAUCCCCGUGUACAAGGUUCCCGCGAAGCCUUGGACGACAGUCACAGACGAUGACGAUCUAGUGUCACACUUGGUGUCCUUGUGGUUAACAUGGACUUACCCCUGGUUUGACUGGCUAGAUAAGGAUGCCUUCAUUCGCGAUAUGCAGGCAGGGAAUUUGAACUGCCGGUUCUGUUCGCCAUUUCUGGUGAAUGCCAUCCUCUCAGAGGCGAGUGUACGUAGCGUAUAUUAUUCCGACUACGCCGAAGUCUUUACCGUCCCCGGCGAUAUGUUCUCUCGCGGCGACCACUUCUACGAAGAGGCCCGUCGAUUACUCGAAGCAGAGGAGGAAGAGGUGCCAAGCAGUAUACCGACUAUACAAGGCCUUCUUGUGCUAUUUAUACGGUCGGUCUGGGUGACUUCCCGUGAGGGUUCUUGGCUAACAUAUUCCAGGCUUGUUUUGAUGGGUAAAGAUCGCGUGGGAUGGAUGUAUAUGGACCUUGCUAUGCGAGCCGCGAAGGAGUAUGCUUCUUCGCACCCGCCUCUUCCUAUCGACACGGAAUCGGUGCGGCAGAUCGAGAGCGUGGUCAACCGAACAUUGUGGGGAGCUUACAACAUAUCUUCGACGGCCGCGGUGUCCUUGAUGAAACACAUAGAUGUCACCCCCCCUCCGCGACCGCGUGUGCCUAUCAACCAUGACGAUCGUCUCGAUGUAUGGUCUCCCUAUCCUCAGCUAGUGCAGCCGGUGCGCGGUCACCAUAAUUGCGUAUUCGACCGGUGGUGUGACUUUUCUUUCAUCACGCUCCGAAUCAGUAGAGCUCUACAUGACCCUGACAACAGUCCGCCUCAAUGCGAGAUCCCCGCCAUCAUCAAUGACAUAUACCAGCAGCUACAGGGUUGGUACGCGAACUUACCGGAAUGUCUACGCCUGGAAAAUGCGAAUGUACCACAUAUUCUUAGCUUACACCUGUUCUACCACACAAAUGUCAUGCAAAUCUUUGGAUUCCUCCAAUCAAACAGCGGCGAAGCUAUAACCCCGGAGACUGCGAAGAACGCCAAAGACCUCUGCCUCUCAACCGCUAGACGCAUCGCUCAGAUCCUCAGUAUCCACCGUGAGAAAUGGGGCAUCGACCGUCUCGCUCCAUCCACCGUCCAAUGGGCCAGUAUCGGUCUCUUCACUCUUCUCGAAGCCCUCGACUCACUUGAAAAUCGGAAAGCUUUCACUGAGCUUUGUAUUUUUGCGCGGGCUUUAUCCCGACGCUUCGGUCUCGCCAAGGGCAUUCUUCGCAUGAUCCAGGUAACCGCACAGCAGACGGAGGUAUCCUUGCCGCCGGAAACAGACGCCCUAUUCUUGGACUUCGAGACGCAGACUUGGCGCAAUCGGGAUUCGCAAUCGUUCAGCAGUUUCUAUCCACACUUUUCGACAGUAAUCCGACAGGGAAAGGUUCGACAAUCCGACGUGAGUAUGGAUCGGUUUUUGGAGAAAUGGGAUAAUCUUGAUAUUGGCGACGGACCACCCCGGAGGGAAGAGGAAGAGUGA